GCUAUCAACACUUUUAACCUAUUAGAAGCUCAAUGGUUCGUGUAUGUAUUUUUAUUCUUCCAUGAUGACAUUCCAUGUGGUGUGAUCACAAAAUGUUUGUGAUUUCAUAUCAACUAAUAAUAAGCAUAAUGUUUAGAUAUAAAGUAGAUGUUAUUGAAUUUCAUUUGAAAUAAUUAUGUCCAUUAAAAUAUCUGAUAAUGAUUCGCUAAAUGUUGGUAAUACAUAUAAAAUUUCAAACAAUGGUCAACUUAUUAAGCUGGAUUCAAAUAUUCUCGGUACACAAACUUUGAUUGUUACUGAUGAUGAUGGAUCCCUUGAAUCAGCUGAUGAACAACCUACUGCUGCUGUAAUUGAAAAUGGUAAUGUUACAGGAAUUGUCAUGAGCAAAGCAAAUGAUGCAAACAUUACACAAUAUGAGUUAAGACCAAAUAAUAAUGCUACUCAAUUUUUUGUUGUACAACCAAUUAACGAUUUAUUUACUACCACAACUACAGUUAAAAGACCAAUAAUACCCUUAAAUAAUGAAGUGUCUAGAAAAAGAGUGGAUCAUACUGUUGUUACAAGAGAUGCUAAAAGACGAUUAACACAUAAUGAAGUAGAACGUCGAAGACGUGAUAAAAUUAAUCAAUGGAUAAUGUAUAUGAGCAAAAUUAUACCAGAUUGUGCUGAAGAAAACAAAACCAACUAUGACAAUCAAAGUAAAGGAGGUAUUCUGGCAAAAGCAUGUGAUUAUAUUAAUGAAUUAAAAUCAACUAAUCAAAGAUUAAUGGACUGUGUAAAACAAAUGGAAGCCAUUAAUAGACAUAAUAAUGAAUUAAGAAUAGAAAAUGAAGAAUUAAGAGGAAUUUUAUCACAGCAUGGAUUAUUAUCUGAGAGUUUUGUUUCUAGAGAUCGUGACUCCUCAUGAUAACAUUAAACAAUUUGUAAAAAUCAUGUUAAACUGAUUUGAACUUAUUAUUUAUUACUUUACUCAACAUAUUCAUAAUACCGAAGAGACCAAUAUAUUUAUGUUUUUCAAAUUCAAAUAAUUUUACAAUAAGACUUAAUUUAAAAAAGAGUGAU